UGCGCACUGACGUCAUCACACAAACACGGAAGUCUGUGCUGUUCGGUCAAUGCCGCGAAAAGUAUAACUGUGGCAGACUAGAGAGAUAUGGCUGAGAAAUGCCCAAAGUCAAAACUAAAAAGAAAGAAAUUGUCUAUCGAGGAGCCCCUAACUGAUAUAUUUUCCAGGAACACGCUGAUAAAGAACAACGAAAGUCCCAGUGCAUCGAUUAAAAGCUUGCGUUCAACGAGAUCCGUGGUCCCUUCAGAGACGUGGUGGUCCAGCGGUGACCUGGCUGCAGUUGAGAGUCUCUGGGCCCUGACUCUGAGCUCUGCUCUUCCCUGUCUUGACGCUCACCCCUGGGACCCAGUCCCUGACCUUCCAACAGCCUCCACACUGAGCUCUAAUGUAGACGAGCAGAUUGAAUGGAGAUGGUGUAGCGUCAGUGAGGACAUGACUCCCUUGCCCUCCUCUCCCUCCUCUCCUCUGAGUACUCCCACGGCCCCACACUGUUCCACCCCAGACUCUCCUCUCAAUCCUUCUCCUGGGCUGGAAAAGACUCUCCUCCCAGUCCCAGUACAGACUAGUCAGACAACAUCCACCAUCAAUGGCCCUCCUUCGAAGUCUGCUCCCUGUCUCGAGGGGCCCGGAGAGGGGACCAGUAGUAGUGGUACUGGCCGCCCCAGACCACCAAGUCUGGGAGCCCAAGUGCCUUCUAGCUACGGAAGGGGAGGCCCAUGGAGUGGAGGGGGAGUGUCAUCCAGAAAGGACACAAAACGAGGGGAAGGAGGGCAAAACACGGCAGCGGCCAGACCCCACCCUUCAGCCAGGCGACCAGGAGGAGAGAAGGAGAGUCACCCCUCUAUUCCUCAGCUAUUCAUCAGAGCAGGGAACAGAGGGUCAUCAUUACCAGCAGAAGCAAGAAAGGGUGGAGGAGAGGAGGGCGAGAAGAGGGGGAUGAAGAGGCUGCAGCUACCUGCAAACCAGGUGGAUGCCACAUCCUCUACCUCUGACAGCUUCACUGCUGCUCCCAUGGAGGAGGCGGAGGCGGAGGGGGAGAAAAGGGAGGAAGGGAUGUCUGGGAUGGGCAGAGCUGAUUGGAUUGCUGGCAAAGGAGGAGGAGGAAGGGCAAUGCAGAGCUGCCCCAUGUGCCUGGUGCCGUUUCCAGCUGGGUUCACUCAGAUGGACUGUGACAGCCACCUGGCCAAGUGUCUGUCGGAGAUGACCCUCGACAUGACCUGGUGAUAGUCCACAGAGUCUUCCUCUGACACCAAGGAUGGAUGGAGGUCUGGAAGGACAGCCAGCUGGCUGUUGUACCACAUUUGGGUCGUGUUCACUAGGUACAAAACAGAAGAAAAUGGACUGAAUUGGGGAGGUGCUAUCGGAAAUGCUUGUUUUUGCCAUCCGUCACAAAAUGUUUUGCUACAGUGUGCUCUAAUGAGGAGUUAGUUUCACUCUGCUCACCCUGUUGUUUGGCUAGUUGGUCGUGGUGUCCAGUGGUGUCUAUCCCCCUGUGAUGGACGGUGGGUGCAGACAACAGUAAAACACAGUAUGUGAUUCUACUGAUCAUCUAGUCUUCAGUCAUGGGUUUAAUUUGUAGAAUAUUGUGUUACUGUUGGCUGGAGCAAAAACCCGACUUUACCCUUUGUAAGAUUUACAGACUUACUGUCCCACCUCCGCCCCUUCCCACUAACCUAUCAUCAUGCACUACAAGGUUGGAAUCAUAGAGAUGGAUAGAGGGCACACCUGCCACUAAGCAUUUAUGAGGUGUACCACUUCCCAUCGCUAUGGUUGGAAACGAUCUCUGAUGGGUCCCAUAUUGCUUCAUUCAGAUACACAUUUUGUUCUCUCCUCCGCUCCUAACUGCAUAUGCUGCCAUAGAAAUAGAAUGAACAGAAUGGGCGUCCCCAUUCAAGUCAACAAACGGCCAAAGCGAGGAGCAAAGCAGGAAGUGUACCCUGUAGAAGUAGUUGCCAUGGUAGCCUAAGCAGAGAGCUCCUGUAAAUACUGCCUUCAGAAAGUCUUCACACCCCUUUACCUUUUCCACAUUUUGUGUUACAGCCUGAAUUUAAAAUGGAUUCAAUUGAGAUUUGUUGUCACUGGCCUCAACACCCCAUAAUGUCACAAUACCCCAUAACUGGAAUUCUGUUUGUUUAUUUUAUUUGACAAAUUCAUGAAAAUCUGAAAUGUCUUCAGUCAAUAAUUAUUCAACCCCUUUGUUAUGGCAAGCCUAAAUAAGUUCAAGAGUAAAAAUGUGCUUAACAAGUAA